AUGGCAAACCCUUUGCGGCAUACGGAUUUGGUGACUUUGCAACUCAAGCCACAAAGGAAUUGCGAACUCAUCCAGUUCAUGUUUUCAGACAUUACAAAAGUGGACGUGCUGGUGGUGGACACUGUCUCAACGACUGUUGUGCCCAGAAGUCGAAACCCUCAUGGGCAGCUAAUCUACAUAAAGCGUGGAGGAGGUUCUAUACUGAAUGUUGGAACAAAUCCUAUGACUACAAUCAUCAACGACGCAAAAAACGUCCCCGUGCACAUUUCGUACUCGGUAGAGCGGACGGACGAAGCCCGCAUUCAUGUUGAAGACAACACGGGCACGUUGGUGGAGAGUCCUACAAAACCAGUUGUCAGACAACCCCUACGGCCAGCUGACCCACUCCAGCAACAGCGAAUGCAAAAAAAGAUUAUGGAGCAUACAGGAUUCAGACCUGAAAAUGCGGACUUUAUGUUUGAGAACGGGAAAGGCGUGGGAGUCGAAUUGAUGGGCAGCUCUAAUCCUGACGGAUUACUGGUAGAGGUCCACCAUGCUGUGGGCCUCACGAAUGUCGGCGAUGCGCCAGUAACGUUCCUCGCCAAUCUUGCACAAGAUGGAGUGGUCUUCUACAAGUUGGCGGAUGGGUAUAAUGGCUCACAGCGGCUAAUAGUCAAUGCAGUCAGAGGAGAGCAGCAGGCGCUGUUUUCUCUCCUGCAGGAGAUCGAGCAGUGCAGCGCCGACAGCAGCACGAAGCUCUCUCUGAAGGUGUUUCAGCUGCAGCAGCUCGCCGCUAUCCGCGGCACCAGCCAUUUGCUCUUGCAGCAGCAUUCAGGAUUUCUGCAGCUGAUCAAAGAUUUGACUGCGGCGGCAGCAGCGACAACGCCAGCCGCGUCAGAAGCGGCCAACGGAGAGCUCUCGCCGCAACAGCUGCAUGCGCUUAGAGGGGGCCUCUCUGUAUCGGAAGCGUGCAGCAGCUUGCGGUGCUUUGCCGCGGCUGCCGCAGCAGUAGACCGCAUGCACCUAGCAGCGCUCAUGCAGCACGUCUUGCGAGAUGCAGGACAGGUUAAUGAAUUUGACGCAGCCUGCGUCUUAUACGCGAUUCGCAAAUUGCAUCUAGAUCCGCGUGUCGAUGCUGAGGAGCACCUGGAGAUUAUUGGCAAGCCUCCUCCAAAUAGCCCUCCAGCCAGCGGUUCAGCUAGCCAGACAGGCGACGCCACUCCCCGUCACAAGGGAAAAGCGCACAGGAGCCGCGGCGGCAGCAGCGGCAGCACCGAAAGCAGCAGCAGCAGCGUCCUCAACAGGUUGAGCUUGAAGCUGGUUAAGGUUUGCGCGUGGGCUGUUGAGCAGCGGGCAGCUACAGCAAGUCCAAAAUCUUUGGUCUGCUGUUUGUACGAAUUCGGCCUGCUAAAGCUGCUGCCGUGGCGUUUGUUGCUCGUGCUGCAGAAGCGUCUCCGGCAGAAGCAGCAGCUGCGACAGCUCGACGGGCAGGGCCUUUCCCUGCUAACGCUGUCUCUUUUCCACCUCCAGAUGUGCGACAGCAAGCUGCUUGCGCGCAUUGGAACGGUCGUGCAGGAGCACCUCGGUCCGCCUCCGCCUGCACUCCUCUCGAGAAAAAAGCUCCAAAAGCUCCAGAGCCUCCCCAACGCGAGUUUGUGCCUCCUGCUGCACGCCAUUGCCAAACAGGAGUUCAGAGAAAAAGGCCUUAUUCUCGCGGAAAGGCGCGGCGAACUUCCCCCGUGUGAAAUCUCCUUGGCAGCCCUUGGUGCUGCCAAGGCUGCAGCCGCUGGACCUGAGACUCUUGCCGCCCUCCUAAGUCAAGCCUUGCACCUCCGGCGCGGCUUCACCGGCCAGCAGCUCGUCAACCUCUUGGAUGGGGUCGCCCUGUCUGGACAUGUGAAGGAGAAUGCAGAGACGUGUCUGAAGCUCCUCGAGGUGUACGUACAGCUGGGAGAAGUACCUAGCAUCGCCUGCAGGGCCAGCCAAUUGGGCCGCAUAGCCUUCACGCUGCUUUUGGAGAUUCCGGAGGUCCUCUCAGCCUCUCCCCGUUCGUUGCAGCUCUUCAUUGAGGACAACCAGCGGCAUUUUCAAGAGGUAGAACCCCAGGCAUGGGUUAUGCUGCCACUAACGCAUAUGGGAGGAGUCCUGCUGACGUGGCCAUUCCUUGAGUGCGCUCUGUUCAGGGAAAUACGCGAAACGCUUGCCCAGCUGCUACCGAAUCAGCAGCUCAACAGCAGCACCUGGCCGGAUACGUGCGUAGACUUGCUCUCUGAGGGGUGUUACUGUCCGCUUUCGGGGGCGCUGCUGGGAGCUUCGCUCUUGAAAACACGACAGCUGCACCAAAUGGGCAUAUUGUAUUGCAGCAUCAGGCGGCGAGACUGGAUAGGGGCGGAUGUUGCGCACCGGCAGCAACUGCUGCUUCGCGCACUGCAGCAAACGCUGGAAGUCAGCGGCUGGACAUACAACGAGAGCCAUGCAUCUGAGGGUCAUUGA